CGGAUUGAGCUGCUCCGGAAGUGGGUGUUGGCGCCAGUCCGGCGAGAGGUUUCCUGAGGAGACGGCAGUUGCUGCGGCGGUCCCGCGAGUCUGACCGCGUCCUUCCGGCUUCAGUGAUGGCUCAUGAAGCAAUGAAAUAUGAUCUUCAGGUGCAGUUAGAUCAUGGUGCUGCACAACAGCCUGCUCCUCCUGAAGUGGUCAGUGGCCAAGGGGGACCACCCCUGCUCCAGCCUUCUCAUACUGAGGUGGUCAGCAGCCAGGAAGGACCACCCCUGUUUGAGCCUGCACCUGCUGCAGUGGUCAGCAGCCAAGGGGAACCACCCCUGCUCCAGCCCUCUCCUGAUGAAGUGGUCAGCAGCCAAGAGGGACUGCCCCUGCUUCAGCCUGCUCCACAGGUGUCCAUUGAUGUGACAGAGGAGCUCCCAGGAGAAGAGACUGUGGAGAACAUCAAUCCAGGAGUUUCAGAGGAACAUAGGCAGGAAUCUGGUGCUAACCACACUGCCCAAGUAUCUUCAUUGGAUUCAACGAACGGCUUCAUCAAUGGGCUGCGGAGACUUCAUGGCAUGCUGGAAAUCCUGAGACCAACUUUGGAACACAGGGUGGGGCCAGUGAGAACUAGGAGGAGGAGGAGGUCUGCUUCACAGAGGGCAAGAGCUGGAGGGUCUCACAGGACAAACAAUGCCAGGUUGAGAACACCGUUGGAUGCUUACUUUCAAGUGAGCAGGACGCAGCCUUAUUCGCCAGCCACCUCUUAUGAUUCAGAGACUAGGAAUCCUGUUUCUGAAGACUUGCAGGUAUCAGGUAGUUCUGACAGUGACAGCUCCACAGAGUAUGAAGAGGGAGUUGUCCAGGCAGAGGAACCUGGAGCUGUUGUUUUAGAAGAGCAACUAGGAGGUAACGACUUGGCAGAGCAACUAAGAGAUAUGUCAACAGAGCAAGAAGUUACAUGUAUCAGUGGAGGAGAGACUCUCCCCAAACAGCAGUCUCCCCAGAAGUCUAAUCCUCUUCUAGCUUCUGCUUCUGUGGAUGAGGAAGAAGUGGACACUUGCACAAUAUGUUUGGAACAGUGGACCAAUGCUGGGGAUCACCGGCUCUCGGCAUUGCGCUGUGGGCACCUCUUUGGGUAUAAGUGCAUUUCUAAGUGGCUGAAAGGACAGGCACGAAAAUGUCCUCAGUGCAACAAGAAAGCCAAGCACAGUGACAUCGUUGUCCUUUAUGCCCGAACCCUGAGAGCUUUGGACGCUAGUGAACAGGAGCUCAUGAAAAGUUCCUUAGAAGAGGAGCAGACGCUAAGGAAGAAGGCUGAGUUAGAAUCGGCACAGUGCCGGCUCCAGCUUCAAGUCCUCACUGAGGAAUGCAGUAAGCUUCACAGUCAUGUUCAGGACUUGAAAAAACUUAUUGUGCAGCAUCAGGGUCAGAUUUCACAGCUGACCGGGAGUUCCCAAGCACGUUUCCUAAGCAGCCUGCCCUCCAGCCAGAGCCGACACAAAUACCAUUUCCAGAAGACAUUCACAGUGUCUCAAACAGGAAACUGCCGAGUCAUGACAUACUGUGAUGCUCUGAGCUGCCUGGUAGUAUCACAGCCUUCUCCUCAGGCCUCCUUCCUUCCAGGCUUUGGUGUUAAGAUGUUGAGUACUGCCAACAUGAAAAGCAGUCAGUAUAUUCCCGUGCAUGGCAAACAGAUACGUGGACUGGCUUUCAGCGGUCGAUCCAAAGGCUUACUUCUCUCUGCUUCCCUGGACAACACUAUUAAACUGACCAGCCUGGAGACAAAUACUGUGGUCCAGACUUAUAAUACUGGACGUCCUGUCUGGAGCUGCUGCUGGUGUCUUGAUGAAAACAAUUACAUGUAUGCUGGAUUGGUCAACGGUUCAAUUCUGUUGUAUGACCUUCGAAACACAAGCUUUCAUAUCCAGGAGUUAGUACCUCAGAAAGCUAGAUGCCCGCUGGUAUCCCUGUCAUACAUACCCAGAGCUGCCUCGGCUGCAUUUCCAUAUGGUGGGGUGUUGGCUGGAAGCUUGGAGAAUGCUUCUUUUUGGGAGCUGAAAAUGGGCUUUACUCAUUGGCCUCACGUGCUGCCCAUGGAGCCUGGGGGCUGCAUAGACUUUCAGACAGAGAGCAGCACCCGGCACUGUCUUGUGACCUACAGGCCUGAUAAAAAUCACAGCACCUUACGAAGUGUACUCAUGGAGAUGUCCUAUAAGCUGGAUAAUGCUGGAGAGCCAAUCUGCUCCUGCCAUCCUGUACAAACAUUCCGUGGGGGACCCACUUGCAAACUACUGACCAAAAGUGCCAUUUUCCAAAAUCCAGAGAAUGAUGGCAGCAUCCUGGUGUGUACUGGGGAUGAAGUGUCAAAUUCUGCCCUGCUGUGGGAUGCUGGCAGUGGCUCAUUGCUGCAGGAACUGCAGGCUGAUCAGCCUGUCUUGGACAUCUGCCCAUUUCAGGUGAACCAUAACAGCUACUUGGCUACCUUAACGGAGAAGAUGGUCCACAUCCAUAGGUGGGAGUGACCAUGGUCUUGAAACUUGUCGGGCAUGCUGCUGGUUAAUGUUAAAUGUUGUUUGUUAGCACCUGGCAGCCCUGAGCAAGAUCUGUGCUUAUUGUCUGUGGCCUAGAACUUUUGGGAUUGUGGUUCCGUUGGGUUAGUAUGAUUCUAGGACUCCAGGUCAGCAAAGCACUACAGAUUGUGUAUUUUCAGUGUCCAUCAAAAGAGUCAGUGACUGGUACUCCAUCACAUUAUACAUUUCUUGGGGGUAAAAGCCUUCAUGAAUCUUCGUUGAGAAUCAAUAUUUUUGAUCAAACUUUCUGCCGUACCUCGGAGAGUAUCCUCCCAGAAGUCAUUUAGGAUAUGUGUGUGCACCAAGCAUUUCCAGAGGAUGUGACAUCCCACCAGAGUGGUCUUGUCACUUGAGCUAUAUGACUUGGGAAUGCGUAUGUUCCUGAAGGGACUAACCAUCUUCCUGAUGCUGCUUGGAUGCAGCCUGGAUGCAAAAGAAUCUUUAGUUGAACACAAGAGGGCACUGUAGAAUCUUCCAAAGGAUUUGAUCUAUUUCUGACCUUGCGGCCUGAUAACCUUUUAGUAACUUGGUCUCAUCCCUACAGAAGUGUGUGGUAGAGCACAUCUGGUCUGCUUUGUGGCAGGAACAGUAAUAUUCAGGUGUGCAGUGCUGGGAUAUUGGUAAACCCAGUGAUGGUGGUGGCUGAUGAGCUGUAGACCCUUCCCUAAUGCCGAGUGUACGGAGUUCGUCACAUUGUGGGAGUCAAGGAGAGAGACCAGUUGUUUGAGCAGUGAGGAAGACUCACUUUUUUUUCUAGCCAGCUUAGGAUCUCAGGAUUGGUUUUAUAUAAGCCAAUGCUUUGAAGGCCACUCUUUGUCCCUCUCACUAGGAAAAGAUGAGCCAUAUGUCAGAGCUCUUACUUGAGUCUUCUAGUAUGAGAGAUCAGGAGCAAGGGGCUAACCAAGAGAGGCUUACAAAAGAGAAGCUACUCAGACUGCUGUUGAAAGCAAAAGAAGGACUUGUGUUUUCCAUUUUGAAAGAGUCUCUCUCUGAAUAAAGUCAACCCCUUGGAGUGAGGAGCCAUUCUUGAGCGUGUUUAGAAUUCCCAGGUUAAAUCCUUCCCCCAGGUGAAACUGAUGUUUGAUUCCAAGUUCCUCUGAUUUGCCUCCCUUCCUAACUUUAAAAAAAAGUGUUGGGCUUCCCUGGUGGCGCAGUGGUUGAGAAUCUGCCUGCUAAUGCAGGGGACACGGGUUCGAGCCCUGGUCUGGGAAGAUCCCACAUGCCACGGAGCAGCUGGGCCCGUGAGCCACAAUUGCUGAGCCUGCGCGUCUGGAGCCUGUGCCCCGCGACGGGAGGGGCUGCGAUAGAGAAAGGCCCGCGCACCGCGAUGAAGAGCGGUCCCCGCACCGCGAUGAAGAGUGGCCCCCGCUUGCCGCAACUGGAGAAAGCCCUCGCACGAACCGAAGACCCAACACAGCCAAAAAUAAAUAAAUAAAUAAAUAAAUAAAUAAAUAAGAAAAUCCUUUUAAAAAAAAAAAAAAAGUGUUGUUAGUAAAACAGUUAUUCUCAGGAAGAUAAUAGUGGUUGGAGGCCUAUGUGGUUUGCAGGGAGAUGCCCACCAGCUUUCAUUUCAGCCCUGGAUUGUCCAACUUUGGGAGCUGCACUUUUCUCCAAUAGAGGGCUCACUUUAUAUCUGUUUGCUUUGCCAAAGGCUACUCUGCUAAACUGUUGUCCACAACAGAACAUAUCUCAAGGUGUGUGCUCCUUGUUUUUGGGAGCAGGAUGGCUAACAGUGUGAUUUUCUUAAAUAAUAGGAAUUUUAUUUUAUUUUAUGUAGAAGUUUUAUCAUUUUUAUUUUAAAACAGUUCUGACCGGUCAACUCCUGAACUGUUUCCAGCAUUUCUCACCAGCAAGGGGUUAUUGGCAGUAGAUUUCCCCAGAGUUCCACAUUCUAGUUGUGCUUUUAAAGAGUGGCCUCCUAUUUAAGGACAUCUUUCAAAAAGCCAGUUUCCAGAGCCUGGGAAAGAGCCCCCUUUUCUAGAGGAGGUGUUCCUUUUGAUAUGUUGAUGAUUAAGAAUGACUGCCAGGUCUAGAGCUUCAGUGGCAGAGAAGGAUUUGAAUGAAAAAGCAGAGCUCAUCUGGUUUCAGCCAAUUAUAACAGAGAGGAUGCAAGUGGUCAGGCCCUGGCUGCCUCUGUCUUUGGCAGGGGCAGAACCCAGGGCAGGGUUAGGAUUUGACUAAUGUUGAAGUACACUCAGCUGAUGCUGAUUAAUCCCCCCAAGUGUAGGAACCAAGGGACUUGUAUUACUAGGGAAGUUGGAAGAAUCUCAUGUCUUACCAAUCCUUGCAUUCCUCUAGUAAAUUUAGAUGUUUUAGAAGCAAAUUCUUGGGACUGUGACUGAUUUCUCCAAAGGAAAAAAACUUUGCCCCUGCCCCCGCUCUCCUCUGCCUGGCAGGAGAGAUUACCUCUGUAGACCCAGACUCUGCCCCACCAUGUUCCCUCACCCCUGGCUCUAAGUUUGUUUUCCCAUUUGAGGGUUUGGAGUUAAGCAGACUCAAAAAUAUUUUCUUGUUGUAUAUAUCCUUAUACCUGCUUUGAAAACCGGACAGUGGGAUCUCUGUUCAUGUUCUGUGUUUUAAUGUUUGUGUUUUAUGUUUUAAUGUUAAUAUGAAAAUAAAGCAUUUACCAUGUGUACCUGC